AUGAGUACACGAACUAAAUUGGCUUGCAAUCAUUGUAGAGAGCUCAAGUUGCGAUGUAUCAACGAGGGCAACGACAGACUACCUUGUCAGCGGUGUCAACGGCUACAAAAUCAGUGUACUUAUACCCCCACGGCGUCCCAAUUAAGAAAGAAGACAAGAGUGCUCCCUAUUCCUUCCAAGACGGAAAAACGCCGAAAUCAGGUCCCAUCGCUCGUUCUGCCCGAAAAACCACUUUGGGGAAAGAUCGCAGAAACGUUUUUCCAUAACCAAUACCAGGGAAUCUUCCCCUUUGUUCAUGGACCUUCGUUCAAGGAGUUUUUGGAAUCACCGGAUUUUUCUCCAGCCACAUAUUUGGCAGAGUAUUCUCAGCGGGCAGACGAUGAAACGAUGUUGAAAUGGCCCGAUCCGCUUGUCUUGUUAGGGAUUCUGGCUCUUUGUGCGCGGUUGGUUCCCACUUUGACCGUUCAGUACGGGGCAUUUGAUGAGAAUAAGAGCCCAGAGAGCUUUGUUCCCGGUAUCAAGUUGAACAAGUCCAGAUCGGCGUCGUCGUGUGCGUCAAAAUACUUUGCGUGGCACGCCAGAUCGCUGCUCAAGGACGUUUUCGAUCGACCGUCUGUCCAACGGGUCCAGGCACUGACCAUGUUGAGUAGUCACGAAUGGGGUGAGAAAAAUGUGGCUCGGAGUUUCCUCUACGUUGGAAUAGCGGCAAGAAUGUCGCUGGUUCUUGGAUUGGGCGAGAUAAACUCUCUGAGCUAUAAACACGAGGCUGGAGACGUCAAGACCACGUUUCUGGUCAACGAGAUGAAACGCAGAACGCUGUGGUCGGUGUAUAUGAUGGAUCGGUGUAUUUCCAGCGGGAGAAACAGGUCUUCGAGUAUCAGAAUCGACGAUAUCAAUGUCGCCUUGCCUUGUACGGAACAGGCGUGGGUCGCUGGUCUUCCGGUCAAUUGUAUGACCUACCAGGAGUUGCAGAGAUGUGUUGAUAACGAUGGAGAAAUCCCCGGCCCAGAGAAUCUGACUGCUUGUUGUUUCACAAUCCUGGCGUUUGAGAUCUGGGCCAAGAUCGCCAAAUGGGCCGGCGAGGGAGGCGCAAGAGCAGAAUCCAAGGACCCAUGGACGGAAGACUCGACGUAUUUCCAAUUGUCGCGCGAUUUGAACAAUUUGGAAGCCAAUCUGCCAAGCAGUCUGAAAUACGAUCCGGCCAAUCUGGUGACGCAAAUCUCUGAGCAUUCGGCUGGCUCGUUUGGGUAUCUCCAUUCGAUCUUGUUCCUGAGCCGUGUUUUCCUGAAUCGGGAGUACUUCUUCCUGAGUCCCGAGCUGCUGGCCAAAGGAUGGUGGGCUGGGUCCACCAGAAAGCUGCUGGAUGCGAUCCGCAAGAGCUCGAGUCUCAUAAACACGCUUUCGUCGCUCGGAUUGAUGGUUGUUGCUCCGUUCACCGGGUUCGAGAUCUUCACCAACGCGGGAACAGCGCUGUAUUUUGCUGCGUUCCCGCCAACGGUGCUGGAGACGCACCUGGUGUCCGAAAGCGACGCGCUGCGCGACGAGUUCAAGGAGAUCAGUCUGCAGAACAUCCGGCUGCUGCGCAAAUGGGGCGACGUCUGGACGUUGGCCAGCAACUGGGAAGACUGGAUCACCGACAUGCGGGGCAUUUUCGGAACACAAUCGCCAGAGAGCCGGUCGUUGCGCAAUGGACUGCUCGAUUACGGCUCGCCCAUCAUCCAGGACGAAAACGAGAAGAGCGCAACCAAGAAACGCGCUGAGCGGCUACGAACACUACAGGAGCCAAGUAUUGGGGACUUUGAGCUGCCCAUCACGAUGGAGUCAUUUGAGUCGUUCGAUAUCGGCUCGCUACUUCCAGGCUGGUACGAUGUCAUGCACGUUGACCCAUAG